AUGUGUGUUUUAUUGCUGUCUGUUCGUACGGCUGCACGCAGCAGGUCUGGAUCUUCUCUCCUGUCUUUCCUCCUCAUGUGGGUCCAGCUCAUCGCCGUUGAUCCGGAUCGUGCUGGUGUCUGUCCAAAUGACGUGAACGCAAACUUGUGGGUGGACGCUCAGAGCACCUGUGAGAGGGAAUGCCAAACACACCAGGACUGCGCUACUCAUGAGAAGUGCUGUACUAACGUGUGUGGCCUCCUGAGCUGUGUGGCCGCCCGUUUCUCAGACGGCUCCUCCGCUGAUGGCCAAUCAGGUGGGGGUUUGCUCUUGGGGGGUGUGGCCAGCUGCGAUGAGUUCAUAUGCAGCCAGCAGGGGGCGGUGUGUGAUGUGUGGGAGGGACAGCCGAUAUGCAAGUGUCUGGAUCUUUGCGAAAGAGAGCCGAGCUUCACCUGUGCCUCCGACGGGCUCACGUAUUUCAACCGCUGCUACAUGGACGCCGAGGCCUGCGUUCAGGGUGUCACCCUUACCGAGGUCACGUGUCGUUAUCACCUGUCCGGUCCAAACGCCAGCCCCUUGCCUCAAGACACCACCCCGCAUCCGAUGCCCACCGAGGCCGACUCCGUGGCCUUUCCGCCCAGCCUGUACUCCAACCCACAGCACCAAGUCAUUUACCUGGGUGGAACAGCGAGUUUUCACUGCGACGUAAUUGGCCACCCGAAACCCGACGUCACCUGGGAGAAGCAGUCUGAGGUACACGAAAGAAUCGCCAUGCGGCCUGAUCAGAUGUACGGGAACGUGGUCAUAACCAACAUCGGUCAGCUGGUGGUGUUCAACGCCCAGCUCUGGGACUCCGGAAUAUACACCUGCAUCGCACGCAACGUCGCAGGAACUUUGCUGGCUGAUUAUCCGCUCUCUGUCGUAAAGCGUGACGAUGAUGUGUUUGACGACUCAGAGGCGAGCUUGCUGAUGGAGCCGCCGUUUUCGACGGCCGACUGCAUAGCAGCCGUAGAGAGGGGCGAGUGCGGCAACAAGCGGGUGGACUGGUUCUACGACGCAAUGCAGGGUUCAUGCCACACGUUCACGCACGGAGGCUGCGAGGGCGGCCGCAACCGCUUUGAGACGUACGAGGCGUGCCGUUCGUCGUGUCAGCGCGAGGGGCUGGGCGUGUGCUCGCUGCCUGCCGUUCAGGGUCCCUGCAAGCGCUGGGAAGCACGCUGGACCUACAACAGCCUCAUGAAACAGUGCCAGGCUUUCGUCUACGGCGGUUGCCAUGGCAACAGGAAUAACUUCCGCACCCGUAAGGAAUGCGAAGCCAGCUGCCCGCGAUCAAGCGGCCGUCCAUGCAAAAGCUGCCGGACGAGAGGGAAGAUGGUGGAAAGUCUGUGCCGCAGCGACUUCGCCAUUGUAGGGCGGCUCACUGAACUCAUCGAGGAGCUGGACUCGGGAAUCGCUCGCUUUUGUCUGGAGCAGGUCUUACGUGACGAGAAGAUGGGUCUGCAGCUCUUCAAAACGCAACACCUUGAGGUGAUGCUCACGCGCAUGGACUGGAGCUGCCCAUGCCCAAACUUCACCCGGCACCAGGAGCUCCCUCUGCUGGUGAUGGGUGAGGUGCAGGAGGGUGUGGCCAUGAUUCUUCCCCACAGUUAUGUCCGACCUGUUUCUGAUCGCCGACUCAAAAAGAUUCAUGAGAUGCUGAACAAGAAGACGUGUGAGAUGCUGCAAAGAUUUCAGAAUUGA